AUGGCGACUGGAGCAGCACUAGUUGUAGUCCCUGGUCUUGUCGCUACGCCCAUCUUGGGUAUUCUUGGAUUUGGUGCUGGCGGUAUUGCUGCCGGCUCGGCUGCCGCUGGUAUCCAGAGCGGCAUCGGCAGCGUCGCAGCUGGUAGCGCCGGCCUUGCUGUUGUCAACGGUAUUGUUCAGGUCUCGGGAGCCGUCGUUGUCGGUGCUGGUGGUCUUGCUGCCAAGCUCAAGGGCAAGCUCAAGGGCCAGGGUGAUGAGCACAGCGCAAACGGAGAUCAGGAAGAAACCGAUGGAAUCCACAAGGGAGACGAUACUGAGGAAAUGGUUUCUUAG